CGAGUUUAAAGAUAGUUUUACUCUAGCUUCUGUUUUGUUUCUCUUAUUUCUCGGAAACAUGUGAUCAGAGUUAUCGCGCAUUCUAUGCGUAGAUCUGGUGAUUCUUCAAGGCCGCAAUCCUGGCUUCUAAUACUAGCUAUCAGCGCGAAGACGGUAUUCCCUUGUUCCAUAGCACUACCAUAUGGCCUACUUUCCAGGCAUACUCGGAAAAUUAGAUCUCAAAAUAUCUCCUAUAAUAGGCACACUCUAGCUCUUUACUCUACUUACAGGACUGUCCGCAUUGGGACGGGACCGUCCACCAUCCUGCGCAUUCCUGGCUAGGCAGCUUGCUCAUCAAGCUACUUCAGCCACCUUGCCCUCGUUGUAAGCCUGUAUAGGGAGCGGGCCGGCAAGUGCCAUGGAAUAUUUUCCAAGAAUGCGUCCCACUCAACUGCAGCCGGUCCGUCUUCGGUCUCGAGCCCUUCUUAUCGGGUCCCCCGUCCACCCCUUGGUUGGCCCUGUCAACGAUGUCCGUAUAAUGGAGAAACUGCUAUCGCUUUACAACUUUUCGGUCCAGAAAUGCCUCGGAGCCGAUGAUGGUCCAUUUCCAGCCACAAGAUCGGGCAUUACCUCCGCCUGGCAGAGACUUAUAGAGCAGACGGGGCCAUCUGACGCCGUCGUCAUUUACUAUUCUGGCCAUGGCGGCCUCACCGAAGCGGACGGAUCGGAAUGGGGCGACCAAGCGCGCAGGUUGCAGUAUCUUGUUCCGGUUGACUUCGGGGAAACAAAGAUUGGAGACUGGAGAGGUAUCUCUGACGCAGAUAUAAGAGAUCUACUAUAUCAGACCACCCAAAAGACCAAAAACGUGACCAUUAUCCUUGACUGCUGCCACGCGGCGCACAUGGCGAGGGGCCUAACCUCGGUUAAGACCAUCGACCCCAACGACUACCGUCACGUCAUAUCACAUAUCAGGAAGAUGCUGCCGGGGAUGUUAUCCAAGCACGACUUCCAUCACGAGCGCAACCCCCACGUCAUCUCCGUCGUUGGCGCGGCAAUCUCCGAGUCCGCCUACGAGAAGCAGUUCCCGAACGGCGAGCGCAUGGGAGUUCUGACCGAAGCGCUAUCAGAAACGCUCAGGUCUUGUGUCGACUCGGGGCUGCCAUGGCGUGAUAUCAUGUGCCGAGUGCGCGACCGUAUGUCGCGGACCUGUCCAGAACAGUAUCCGGACAUCGAAGGCCCGCAGGACCGUUUACCGUUCCAGGAGAGGACCGCCUCCACGAAAACGGCGCUCUCAGCAGCCGAGACGGCUCCUGGCGAGUUUCUCCUCAGGGGUGGGACUCUCCACGGUGUGGCUCAUGGGGACAUUUUUGCUAUCAUGUUGUUCGAGGAGAGCGGAGGCUUGGUAGAACAGAACAUGCUCGCGGAGGCCGAGGUGAUGAGCGUCGGACCUACGCAAUCGAGAAUUAAGCUGUCAUGGAGAAACGGAGGACCUCACCUACCCGCCGGAGCCAAGGCGUUCAUGUGGAAGAAAUCAAUUGGCGUACUCCCGAUCCACGUCUCCGGACGCGGGGAUUUCGCGCACAAGCUGCGGGAACAUUUACGAUUGUCGCCACUCAUCCGCCCUUCAGAACCAAUUGAUGAAGUCGAGAGUAUAGCCAAGAUUGAGCAGACCGGAAACCGGGUUAGGAUAUGGCAUUAUCGACACUACUUGCUCCGAGACUGGGAGAUCGGCCGGGAUGGGGACCUCAGCCAGCUCGUCUGCAACUGCGUCUUGGUGCUGGAAUCAUUGGCCCGGGCGCAGCAUUUACUAGAUCUGCGGAGCGAGCCGUCCGAAGAGCUUUCAGGGAUGACACUACGUUAUGAGAUUGGAUCCGUUGAGAACGGGAAGCCUAGGCCUUAUCCCGCAUCGGACGUGACACUACCUGAAGGAUCUAGGAUGUACAUCUCUGUGACCAACACAGGCUGUCGGACUUUGUACUUAUUCCUCUUCGAUAUCUGCGCAGACUCUGUUGUCCUCCUCUCGAACGGGUCACCCAGCGGGGUCCAACUCUUGGCAGGGAAGACGUUCCGGUUCGGCGAGGUUGACACUACCGGCGAACUUCGCGGUUCGCACGUUGGGUGGCCACCUGAUGUUCCCAAAGACAGCUUGAUCCCAGAGACUAUCCUCAUUGUGUCGACCGAUGAUAAAAUCGACCUCCGGAACCUGGAGACCGGACCUUGGUACGCGGGACCGGAGAAGGGGCGACGGCACGGGUCUGACACAGUGUUGGCGGUUCUCGUGGACUCGAUCGCAUUCGGCGACCGCAUAUCUCCGCCGGAGACCCGGUCGUAUAAGCACAUGGCCUACCGGUUGGUCCAGUUGCCCUGCCAACUAGCAUCUAACUCUUCCUAGUAUGUAUCCAUCUACUCAGAGUUUGUUACAAUAUCUAUCUUCAUUUGUAAUUUUAUCCAGAGUGGGAUGCGUCGUUCGCAGGGGUAUCGCAGACCUCCUGCCGGGAGUCCCGGUAACAUGGAAACAAUCGAAGGUGUCGUCAGGUUGCCCAACCAGAACCCCGCUAUAUCGCAUGAUGAAUUACACCUAAGUAUUACCCUUGUAUUCGUACAUGGUAACGCAGACAGGGAGAGAGUUGACUUUCAUGCAAGUGUUGUUAGGAUCUGGAAUAUGUACGUGGAAAGCUAGACGUGAUGUGGGGUAGUCGUCAUUCAGUAUGGCAAAGAAUGGGCUCUGAUGCUUGACUUCAUUGCUAGAUACCAUGGAGUAGUACAAUUACUAGUUUUAUAUAUUCCAACCCAUCAUAGAG